UGCUAUAUACACUCAAUACUUUCAUACAAAAAUUUUCAAGUUCUUCGUUUGUCGUUAAAGUGUAAUUAGAUAUUUAAAUGAUGAUAUCAAACUUUAUCAAACAGUGGUUUAUUCAGAUUAAUUUAUUUUGUAUAUUUAUUUUACAAACUAUAAGUUGUGAAAAAUUAAAUGCUCGCAUUUCAUUAAAAGUACAAGGAAUGGGUUUUCAUAGAGAUUUAAUAUAUCAAGUACACGUUGAUCAAUUUAUAGAAGAAUGUUACGUAGCUAUUUAUUUACAACUUCCAUCUGCUUUGUAUGCUAAUAUCAAUGAAUUAACUCAUUUAAGGAGAUUUAAUAUUAAUACAAUAUGUGUUCAUGAAAAGGCUAACAUUGAGUUAUUUGCAGAAAAAGCACGAAUACAAAAUGUAAUUAUUUGUUCAAGUUUAACUCGUGUAGGGUGUGCUUUAAAACUUCCAAUACAUCAACGUUAUCAAUAUGCUAAUGAUAGUAAUAAAUAUAUGAAUAUUACUUUACUAAACCCAAUAUUGCUAUUAGGCUGUAGAAAAAAAAUUGAAGGCUAUAGAGUUUCUAAACUUGAUUUGUGCUUUCCAUGUGUAACAAUUGUACCUAAAUGGAGAGAGAUUCCAUAUGUCAUGGAUAAGAAAGAUCUAUGGACAAUACCAGUUGGUGAGACAACUAUGUUAUAUCUAGUAACUUAUAUUACAUUUUUAUUAACAAUAUUAUGUACACUAUAUCUUAUACAAACAAUUUGGAAAUCUGUACCAAAGCAACAUCUAAAACAUGAAUGAAGUUUUAAACAAA